AUGACUGUUAAUAAUACCUCCCUUCUACCUCAAAACAGAGGUCUCACCUUGCCAUCAUCUCCUCUCACAACAACCACCACCACCGCUGCCUUGAAUGGCUCUAGUCAUACAAACUUCCACAUCUUCGAUAUCCUCGUCGGUCUAGUAAUGGGUGUGACCAUCGAACACGGCACUGGUCGCUCUGUCAAAGAUCGGUUUUACGCCGGAUCCCGUCUCCUACAACCAGUCACUAACUGGUCCGGUAUUCCCAUCGAUAUGAUCAAUUUCGUGGUAGCAAGUUUUGCUAGCCUCCCUCUGGCUCUCAUCAUGCGCUACGGAUUACCCCCCUCCCGCGUGCGUCCGCUCUUCCGGGCUAUCACUGAAAUUCUCCUCGGUGCUGGAGUGGUUAUCUUCUGCUUUGGAAUGCAACUCCGGGUCCUUCUGCUUCAAUCCUGUGUGGCUUACGUAAUCCUCCUUUUCUGCCGACACGACCGUCUCGUUACACCCAUCGCCGUAACUACUUGGUCCCUUCUCUAUCUUAUGCUAAUCCAUCAGUGUCGUCUCUACUACGACUACGAAGGUUACACACUAGAUAUAUCCGGCGCCGUAAUGUUGCAGACACAGCGUCUUUCUAGUCUCGCGUUCAAUCUCUACGACGGCGUACGUAUCGCAAAAGCGUUAGUUUCUGACGCAACUUACAAGACCCCCAAUGACGACGCCCAUGUGGAUGGCAAGAAUGACCCCAAAAGAGCAAUUGUUGAAGAAGGUGGGCCCACUCUCAUGCCCUCUAGUCGAGAAUGUGCCGUCGCGAAGAUGCCAGGACCGAUAGAGUUUGCCGCCUACUGCAUGUACUUCCACGGCGUAUGUAUUGGCCCGUUUGUGUUCUUCAAGGACUACCAAAACUACCUACAUGGAUAUGAAAAUAAACACUUGCCUCCCAUCCCAUUUUGUCGCCUCUGCUACCUUACUCUACGCUUGGCGGUCUAUGGCCUCACUUAUGCUGUGUUGUUCAAUCGCAUUCCUGUCAAUUUUAUCAAUCAUGGGGCCUUUCAGGAGCUUUCGUUAUUGGGCCAGACAAGCUACAUGUUCGCGGCGUUUAUAGUCGCUCGCUUAAAGUACUACUUCGGUUGGUGCCUUGCUGAGAUGCUGGGCAUCUGCGCAGGCAACGGCUACACCGGAGUCGAUCCUGAGACCCGAACCACCCUUUGGGCCAACGUGCACAACUUUGACUUCUUCCAAGUUGAGACUGCACCUAAUCUGAAGGUCCUAAUCGACGCGUGGAACAUCGGGACGGUUCGAUGGUUACGCGAAGUAGUCUACUUUCGUGCCCCGCUGCGCUUCCGCACUAUACUCGUCUUCCUCGUCUCUGCAUUUUGGCACGGUCUCUACCCCGGCUACUACCUCAUGUUUACCACUUUUGCUCUCUUCACGUACACUUCCCGAACUUGGCGUCGAAAUGUUCGUCCACUCGUAUUGGGAGCUGAGUCACCGAGUCUUCAGUGCUUCUACGAUUUCUUCACCCUACUUAUCACUCACUUUGCUAUGGAGUACGCACAAGCUCCUUUCCAUCUUCUUGGGUUUUUGCCCUCGAUUUCGCUGUGGACGAGGUUUCUUUUUGUGCCGCAUAUCAUUGGAGUGGUAGUGAUUGUCGCUGUAGCAAGGACGGUUCGCUACUUCAAGGCGGUUGUGGAGGCGCGGGUGUCCAGGCGCCAGCUCUCGACUGCAUCUCACAUCGGCGUUGGUGGCGUCGGUGUCGUAGAUCAUCGUGCCGAUUGCGUGACAAUUCAUGACUGUAACGAUUGA